GAUCAGCACAGUGCCUGCAGGCUCCUUGCUGUAGUGACGACCAUUCCUCUUGAGGAAGGAGCUUCUCUUUGGACUAACUCCACAUGAAGAAGGAGGAAGGAGUUUAAAUGCAACGCUGCUUGAUCCAGGAGAAAAGUAUGGCAGCCGACAACUGCAAGGACCCCAGGAGGAAGUUGCUGGUGGGAGUGGAUCUCUUCUGCCUCUUCUUAGCUGGCCUGCCUUUCUUGGUCAUUGAGACCAGCGCUGUGCAGCCUUACCGUAGAGGCUUUUACUGCGGAGACCAGUCCAUCAAGUACCCCGCCAAACAUGGAGACACCAUUAGUGAUGGUGUGCUUAGCGCUGCUGGCAUUCUUAUCACCAUCUUGUCUAUCAUCAUUGGCGAGAGCUACCGGAUCUACUUCCUCAACGAGGGUUCCAAGUCCUUUGUGGGUAAUCCCUACGUCUCCGCCCUCUACAAGCAAGUGGGCGUGUUCGUGUUGGGCUGCGCCAUCAGCCAGUCUUUCACCGACAUCGCCAAGGUGUCUGUGGGCCGCCUCCGUCCUCACUUCCUGGACGUCUGCAAACCAGACUUGACCACCGUCAACUGCACCCUGGGCUACGUCACAGACUACGUGUGUCAGGGACCUGAGGCCAAAGUCCAAGAAGCCAGGAAGUCUUUCUUCUCUGGACACGCCUCCUUCUCCAUGUACACCAUGCUCUAUCUGGUGUUGUACCUGCAGUCACGUUUCACCUGGCAUGGAGCCCGGCUGCUCCGCCCUCUGACCCAGUUCACUCUCAUCAUGAUGUCCUUCUACACCGGACUGUCCCGUGUCUCCGACCACAAGCAUCACCCCACGGACGUCCUGGCCGGGUUUGUCCAGGGCGCCCUGGUGGCCUACUGCAUGGUGUUCUUCGUGUCAGACCUGUUCAAGGCCAAAGGGAGACGUGGCGCCUUACCUUCUCAGACUCCUGUGAGGAAAGAGCUCCUUCCUACAGUGGACAUGAGAGAGAGGAGCAACCAUCUCAUCCUGGCAUGAGACCACCACUACGACGCACUGGAACUGAAGGAGCCGUGUGGAUGAAGCAGACCAGUAAGGAACCUUGGAACCUCUUCAAGAAUGACAACAAACCCGAGCGCCAUGUCCUUUGUCAUCUGGGACAAGUCCACCUCCGUCCCAGUCUGAAGGCCAUCAUCUUGGAGGAGGUCUGCCUGUCAAGGAUGUUCCUUCAACUCCAGGGAGAAAUGGCGGCUCCAAUGAAACAAAUUCCUAGAUUGUUAGGAAGGAUGUGUGUAACUUUAUGUAGUUUCUUAGUAGUCCAUUUUGUACAGGAGGGUUUGACCUCGUUUAGCUCAAGACCACUUGAAGGACCCCAAGUGAAGCUAGACAAGUCUUUCUAGAAAGGACUGCAAAGUCAAGGGAGGGCCUUUGAUAGCUGAGGACCUCUUUUUGCUGGCCACUCAACCACUUCAUGACAUAUGUUACAUAGUGUUUGUUACAUAGCAGACCAUGUUUGUUACAUAGCAGACCAUGUUUGUUACACAGCAGACCGUGUUUGUUACAUAGCAGACCAUGUUUGUUACAUAG